AAGAACCAAUUAUUAUUUUUAAAAUUACUUAUGCUCGAUUUUCUAAGUCAAGCCAUUAAGAGACAUGAGAUUUAUUGAAUUUUUUCUAGGUAGGUCCGAUGAUGAUUACACAACAAAAUUUUCAGUGAAAUACGUAAUGCAUGAAAUGUAUACAACUGUAAAAAGAUGAAUGACAGUGAUAUUGGUGAAUAUUUGCCAUCGCUUCUAAACCCCCGUUCGAUAAAGAAAUCUUGUAAUUUAAAUCUUACUCAGGAUUCUUCGCUUAGUCGCUCUUCAUUAUCACUGAAAAGAUGUAAUGUUGUAACCAAACUUAAAGAAGACCGUAAGAAGGACAAAGAAAAUGUGAUUUUUAAAUGCAAUAAAAUAACUCAAAGUAUAGCAAAUAAAAAAAAUCUUAGUUUUUCUAUUAUAGAAGAUUUAAACUGUACUAAAGAUUCAACUAUAUUAUUAUCUAACUUUUCAAUAAGUAUAUCUGACAAUAAAUAUUCGAUUUUUUCACACUCUUCAGCAACAGAAUUAAGUUGCGAUGACACAUUAUAUGAUAUAACAAAUAAUUUACACAAAAUUGGUAAACGGAAGAAUAUCAAUAAUAAUUAUUCCAAAAUGAGUACAAAAGACUUUGAAGUUUUUAAAUGUGAAAAAGAGAUGGCCACAGACAAAUUAAAACAAUUAAAAAGAUCAGCAGUUUCUGUCAACAUAGAAAAGAAAAAAGCAAAGUUGUCACCUCAAGCCAUAGAAGAAAAUAAAAUUCUUUUUUUGAACACAAGUGAUAGAAAAAAACUGUCAGAUGUCAUAGUUCAGCCAACAAAUUAUAAAUUGAUUAAAGAGAAAAUUAAAGAGAGAAAUAAACUUGUAGCUGCUACGAGGAACUCUCUUAAAUCUUAUGGACUGAGGAAUGGGAAUAAUCUAAAACAACAGUGUAUCAAUUCAUAUUUUAGUUGUCGGUCAAAAGUCUCGGAUGUGGCGUCAGAUCAAAAGAAUGGUGCAAAUUUAACAAGGCAGAAAAUUGCACAUAAUGCGCCGAAUGACAUGAGUAAGAAUUUGUGUAUCACUGCGACGAGACAAGAUGUUGCCCAGCCGACUAAAAAGAAGAAUGAAAUUAUCAAGACACCGAGGAAACUUUCACAUAGGUCCAUGUCUCCUCGAAUGGAGACAAGAGAAGAUCCUCAACCCCCUAAAUUAAAGAAUGAGAGAGUUGGGUCCUAUUCACCGAGAAAAGUUGUUGAGUCCAUACAGUUCAAUUUACCAACAAAGUCAAGAUCAAAUAAAACAUCAACUGUCUCCAAAGUUAUACCACACUAUAAAAUUGUAGCAGGAACACAUUUUGCAGUCGACGCAUUUUGUUACGGCGAGAUCGCGAAUGUAAAACAUUAUUUUUUAACUCACUUUCAUUCUGAUCACUAUUCGGGGCUAAAAAAAAGCUUUAACAAAAUGCUAUUUUGUUCGAAAAUUACAGCGGAUUUAUGCAUAUCACGAUUAGGAGUUUCCGUGAAAUGUAUUCAUAUAAUGAACCUUGAUGAACCAAUUAAAAUUGAUGGGGUCGAAAUUACAGCCAUUGAUGCUAACCAUUGCCCUGGUGCAGUGAUGUUAAUUUUCACACUACCUAAUGGAAAAAGCAUGCUCCACACUGGUGACUUUAGAGCUUCACCGACCAUGGAGUCCUAUCCCGUUUUCUGGAAUAAGGAUAUCCAUACUGUAUAUCUGGAUACAACAUACUGUAACCCUAGAUAUGAUUUCCCUACACAAGAUGAAAGUUUGGAAAUGGCGUUAUACCACCUUCGACAGAAGAAGGCUGCCCUGGAAACAGCCAAGAAGAAGUUCUCGUCUGUACUUAUCGUUUGCGGGACUUAUACGAUUGGUAAGGAGAAAUUCUUUCUGGGAAUGGCGCGUCGUGUGGGUUGUACUGUCUGGGCUUGUCCAGAGAAGGACCGUGUCCUCCAAGCAGUCGAGGGGCGUAGCUUUAGCCACGCUCCACCGCAAUCGUGCCAACUUCAUGUCGUGCCUAUGAGGGAUCUUACGCACGAGAAGCUUCGAAGCUAUUUGGACAGCUUGCAAGGGGCGUUUACAGAAAUAGUCGCGUUUAAGCCAAGCGGUUGGGAGAAUGGAAGGAACUCGUGCGUCGAAAAGGACUCUGUUACGAUACAUGGUAUACCAUACAGUGAACAUUCUAGUUUUUCCGAAAUGAUUCGCUUUGUUAAGUUUUUGAAACCGAAGCAAGUGAUUCCAACCGUCGACAUUACUGGCGGCAUCAAGGCUGUGCAGAAAUACUUUCCGUGUCCCCUGAUAUACAAGGAAGAUUUGCAAAAUCAGAGCAAACUGACGGAUUACAUUAGCAUACAGUGUCGACACCAGCCCGCCGUAACCUGAAUGUUUAUUUAACAGAUUCAAAAUUUAAAUGUGGAAUGCAAACUGUCGUGACAUGGACUGUAACAUUUUUUAAAUAUUGUUUAGCGUUUUAAUAUUUAUGAAAAUGUUGUAUUUGUGAAUAUUUUUGAAAUAAACUUGUACAUUUCGUAA